UGAAAGUAAAAACUCUUAUCUUCCCUAUUUAUUUUUGUAAAACAAGAGUAUUGUAAUAUUUGUAGCUCAAUACCAAAAUCUAAAGACGAAAACAAAAAAGAGGGGGCAUGUCCUGUCGUUAUAGGUCUAUUGUCAUUAUUCCCUACUUACAUUAUAUUAUAACCUAUUACUUAUAAGCACCAAACACACACACGCUUAUAAUUAAAGUCUUAUACCAAAUCAGAAAAAACAGAGCUUCCAACUUCUCCCAAAACCCCCGCAUCGUACUCUUCUCACAUUAAUUCAUUUAGCCAUGAAUAUUUCAAUUCCUCUUCUCCAACUUAUCACUAUUAUUGUUUGCAAUUUCAUCACACAAAUUAUCUCUUCUUCUUCGUCCAUGGACACUCUCAUUUUGCCAUUGAAACUCCAGACGGUCACGAAGCCAUCCAGCAAACUCUCCUUCCACCACAACGUUACGUUGACCGUUACGUUAACCGUUGGCUCGCCUCCACAGACCGUAACCAUGGUGCUUGACACUGGGAGUGAACUUUCAUGGCUCCAUUGCAAAAAAGCUCAGAAUAUCAAUUCUGUUUUUAACCCACUCGCUUCAUCUUCUUAUUCCCCUGUUCCUUGCUCCUCUUCAAUAUGCCGGACUCAGACCCGGGAUUUCACCAUACCCGUUUCUUGCGACCCGAAAAAGCUCUGCCACGCCAUGCUCUCCUACGCCGACGCCUCCUCCAUUGAAGGGAACCUUGCCUCUGAAACUUUCAAUAUUGGGUCUUCGCCUCGACCCAGAACAAUUUUCGGAUGCAUGGAUUCCGGGUUCAGCUCCAACUCUGAAGAGGAUUCGAAAACAACUGGGCUUAUCGGCAUGAACCGUGGCUCCUUAUCGUUCGUCUCUCAAAUGGGAUUGGCUAAAUUCUCCUAUUGUAUAUCGGGUCGUGACUCUUCUGGUUUUAUACUCUUCGGCGAGGCGAGUUUCGCUUGGCUCGGACCAUUGAAAUACACUCCUUUAGUUAAAAUGUCACAACCAUUACCGUACUACGACCGAGUCGCUUACACAGUCCAACUACUAGGGAUUAAAGUGUCCAACAAGCUAUUACAGCUUUCGAAAUCGGUUUUCGUGCCGGACCAUACCGGGGCAGGUCAGACCAUGGUUGACUCUGGGACUCAGUUCACAUUCCUACUAGGACCGGUUUACACGGCAUUGAGAAACGAGUUUGCACAGCAAACGAAGAGUUUAGCUCCUCUUUUAAAAGACCAAAAUUUUGUUUUCCAAGGGGCUAUGGAUUUGUGCUACCAAAUACCACCGACUCGGCGGAGCUUCUCUGAUUUUCCGGCGGUGACUUUGAUUUUUCAAGGCGCAGAGAUGAGUGUUUCGGGCGAUAAGCUGUUGUACCGGGUACCCGGUAUGAGAAAGGGCAGUGAUUCGGUGUACUGCUUCACAUUUGGGAACUCUGACCUUUUGGGAAUUGAGGCUUUCGUGAUUGGUCAUCAUCAUCAGCAGAACGUGUGGAUUGAGUUUGAUUUAGCCAAGUCUAGGGUCGGACUAGCUGAGGUUAGGUGUGAUCUAGCGAGUCAAAGACUAGGUUUGGGCCCCUAAGCGUGUUGAAAUGAUGGGAAAAACCAAAAAAGAGAAAGAAAGAAAAAUCAAGCAGAGUUGGGCGAGAUUGUUUGUCGUUUUGUUCAAGUUUAGGUCGUGUUGGUUGGUCGUCCUGGAUCAAGGUCCCACAUAAGCGGAAUUUAACUAAUCAUGAGAUGCCACGUGUUGGUCUCCCUGGCCAUGGUGUCUACAAACGUGGUGCUCCACUGUUCCAAAGGUUUGCUUAUAGGAUGUUAGAAAAGAAUCUUCUUGUGUGCCAUUGCUGCAUAUCUCUCUGACUCUGACUCUGACUCUGAGGCUGCAAAGUGGAAAAAGUAAUAAAUUUAUAUGGGGAGAAGGAAAAUUGAAGAGUAAUGAGUGUAUUGUUGGUAUGUUAAUUGUUAUUAAUUGGUGAGCAGGUGGGAUUUGGCAGGUUUUUGGUUUAUGAUUUUGGAGCUAACCAUGAUGUUGAUUGGUGCCAUACAGCUUGGCUUGGCUUGUAUUAACAGAGAUGUUAUCUCUAUGGAGUGUUUCUUUUUCCCAUUGAAAUGGUGCCGUUCAUCCAAAUAGGACAUUAGGAGAGCUGUUCAACACCAUAAAGGUCACUUCUAUGAAAUUAAUACGACUGUGGAUUUUACUAUAAGCUCUUUAUAAUCAAAUAUUGUUGUCUAUAUAUUUCGAAUUUCGAUAAGUUUGUUUGCUUUGCUAGAA